AUGAAGUUCCUCGCUAUUGGUGCGCUGCUUCUCAGUACGGUCAGUGCUAUUGCUACAGAGCAUGUUAUCAAGGGAGCAUCAAUAAUUCCUGCAAACCACAAAGGGGAACUGAAGAAGAUUGGUGCUCAUGGCCAGAAAUACAAGGACCGUCGCACGGUGACAAUUCGUUCAUCAAAGAGCGACACUGAUGAUAUUUCCGAUGAUUUCCUUUGGGGUAUCAAGGCGGCCAACCACGGAGGCCGACUCAUCCUCCAGAAGAACAAGAAGUAUAUUAUUGGCAAGAAGCUUGAUCUCAGCUUCUUGGAUAACAUCGAGGUGCAGCUCGAUGGUGAAUUGAAGUUCACCGAUGAUAUUGAGUACUGGCAAGCCAACAACUUCUACUAUGCUUUCCAAAAGUCCAUUACCUUCUGGGUUUGGGGUGGCCAAGACAUCAAGAUCUUUGGCAAGGGUACUCUGAAUGGAAAUGGUCAGGCUUGGUAUAACGCCUUUGCUGGCAUGGAGAUUCUGGACUCAUCAAACACCUUUUACCGCCCCAUUCUCUUCCUGACCGAUAAUGCUACUCGAAUCAGUGUUGAGGGAAUCACUCAAUUGAACUCGCCUUGCUGGACUAACUUCUUCGUUCGCACCAACGACGUUGUUUUCGAUGAUGUUUUCAUCAAUGCGUACUCGACCAAUGCAUCGGCUCUUCCCAAGAACACCGACGGAUUUGAUUCUCUUAACGUGAACGGCUUGACUGUGACCAACACCCGUGUCGACAUUGGUGAUGACUGCUUCUCGCCUAAGCCCAACACAACCAACAUCUUUGUGCAGAACCUGUGGUGCAACAACACCCACGGUGUGAGCAUGGGUAGCAUUGGACAAUACUCUGGAGUUCAGGACAUCAUUGAGAAUGCCUGGAUUGAGAAUGUCACUCUGCUCAAUGGACAGACUGGUGCCCGUCUCAAGGCCUGGGCUGGUCCUGAUGUGGGCUAUGGUCGCAUCAACAACAUCACCUACAAGAAUAUCCACAUUGAGAACACUGACAAGCCCAUUGUCCUGGAUCAGUGUUACUUCAACAUCAACACCACUACUUGUGCCGAGUAUCCAUCCGCUGUCAACAUCACCAACAUCACUUUCGAGAACAUCUAUGGUACCUCAUCGGGGGCUGAGGAUGAAGUAGUUGCUGACUUGACCUGCUCGCCUAAUGCUGUAUGCUCCAACAUUCAUCUCGAAGACAUCAACCUUGUUGCCCCCGAUGGUGGUACUGAGAUUAUCUGCGAUGGAAUUCAGGGUGACAUUGGUGUGGCAUGUGUGUCACAUACGAGCUAA